CCUAAUCAACAAAAGAGAUACCCUUCUGGCAAAAGGAAGAGUUUUAAAGUUUCUCUCCAUCUCUUUGUAUAAUUGAUCAAUCGACACCAUGUUGGAGCUCCCUUCUAUCGAUCUCUCAAGCUCCACUACCAUUGUGGCGGCGCAGAUCCGCAAAGCACACGACAAGUUUGGCUUCGUUCGCCUAGUGAACCAUGGCGUCCCGGUGGAGCUGCUCCAGAGGGUGCUGGAUCACCAAAAGGAGUUCUUCGCGCAAGAUCUCGACUACAAGAGCAAGUUCUUGGCGGAUUCCGGCUACCGCAAAGAGGGCUUCAAUCCUUCUCCUUCCAACGUUGGGAUAAAGAUCAAACGCGAGCAUCUCUACUUGUUCUUGCGGCCGCUCUCGAGGAGAGAUCCACGGAAGUGGCCAGACUCUCACAAGGAUUUGGUAGAAGAGCUGGGGGUUUGCACCACCAAAGUCUACGAGAAACUUAUAGUUGCGCUAUCCAUGGCCUUGGAUCUAGAUCCACUCUAUCUGCGAGACACUUUGUGCCAAGGUGAACUGAAGCAAACCUUCUGCACUUUCAGCUAUCCAAACAACGAGAAGGAAGAAGAGAGAGAAGAGAUUUAUGGAAUUCCAGAGCAUACAGAUAUUGGAACUUUGGUUCUCCUCUUUGCCGAUGGAGUCCCAUCUUUGCAAGUGCUCCUUGAAGGAGAUGGCAAGUGGCAUACAGUGAAACCACUCCCUGGAUCUUUCAUCGUGAGCUUCGGAGAGAUCAUGGAGGUGAUGAGCAAUGGAAUCUACCGAGCUACUACUCAUAGGGUGAUCUUGGACAAGUGCAAGCCACGCUGCUCGUGUGCUAUCACCUUUGAGCCAUCGGAGAAAGCCCAGAUCGGCCCUGCGAGCUCGCUGCUGGACAAGAGUCGCCAUUCCAGAGUUUGCUACCGGCGCUUCGUCUAUGGAGAAAGAUAUAAAGAAUACGAAGACGGCAAGUUUUUGAAAGAAUUUGCUAAGUCCUGAGACUGCACUCAUGUCAAUAAUAUCUCAAGAAUCUAUAGAACUAUCGUAGAAUAAUAGAAACAA